AAACAAAGAGAGAGAGAGAGAGAGAGAGAGAGAGAGAGAGAGAGACAAAGCGUUUCAGAGAGAGAGAAAGAGAAUUCUUGUUUCUGAGCCUUUCUCCGCUGCUCUCCCACAAACCCCCUUCGUCUUCGUCUCUCUCUUUCUCUUUCUAUGAUCUGAUCGCUGAAAUUUUUGGAAAAACCUUCACAUUUUCGACUCCUUUUCCUUGUUUUCUUUCUUCAUUCCAUCUCUUUGGAACAGAAUUUUGAUCGCUUUUGUACAUUUCCCCCUUUUGUUCUUCGAUUAACCUAUCGGUUUCGCGCUGACAAAACCCUAACUCGCGGGUCUUUUUUUGUUUGUUUUCAUGGCUGCUACUAAUUUAUCUGAGAACAAUCCGGCAAUGGCCACCGGCGUUCAUCAUUCUCGUCAUUCCGGUCAAAAUAUAAGCAGCCCUAAAUCACGCCGCUCCCCACGUCCAGUGUCGUCGCCAUGGACUCAGAUUGUCCGCGGUGAGUUGGAAAUCCCUGCUGUUGUUCCGUCUUCACCAUCGAAUGUGACAUCUUCGGCGGCUAUUGUUGAACCGCGUUCUCCUUCGCCUUCUUCUUCACCGUCCUCUUCUUUAGCUGUGGAAGAACCAGCUGGAGCUGAGAGAUCAGAUAGUGGGAAUGAGUCACUGACCAAUGCGGGAAAUAAGCCUGCCUGGAAUAAGCUGUCUAAUGGGGCCGUGGAGGUAGGGCCUGUUAUGGGGGCUGUAUCUUGGCCAGCUUUAUCGGAGUCCACUCGGUUUACAAAUAAAUCGUCUUUGGAUUCGCCGAAAGAUUCAGCUGAUGGAUCUGUUGGCCCUGCAUGCGAGGGGACAGGAAUUCAACCAUCCUCACCGUAUAAAAAAUCUAUUAGUGCAAGUCCAAAUCCAAGUCCAAACCCAACUCUAACUCCAAAUCCAAUUCCAACUCCAACUCCAACUCCAGCUGCAACUCCAACUCCAGCUGCAACUCCAACUCCAGCUGCAACUCCAACCUUAACUCCAACUCAUCGUCAGAAAUCGAUGAAGCGUAGUGGUGCUGCCAGUUCAUACAGUGGUGGUGUCUCUCAACAAUCGGCAACUUCAGUUUCUACAAUUGAUACAACUCCUAAUAAUCCUUCAUCUAAGGACCACAUGCAGAGGAGUUCAUUUGCUUCACAAUCACACAAUGAUCAUAAUUAUCAACAUCAACCUAAUUCAUUUAGGAGUCGUGGGUCUGGUUAUCCACGUGGUGACAGUUCUCACCAUCACAACCAUGGCUCCAGGCGUGAUCAAGAUCGUGGAAACCAUGAUUGGAAUCCCCAUCGAAAUUAUGGACAGCCUCAGCGAGUUGUUCAAAGAUAUAUAAGGCCUCCUCCUCCCCCUAGUAAUGCUACCUUUAUUCCUUCAUCUAUGAGGCCUCUUGGGGGUCCUAUGCCUUUCCAUGAAUUUGUGCCUCCAGUGGUAUAUGUCGCAGCUCCUCCUCAAGAGGCCCUUAGAAGUGUACCUUUUGUGGCUCCAAUGCCACCUAAUGCAGUCUUUUUUCCUGCUUCAGACCCUCAGUUAUAUGCUAGGAUAGUCCAUCAGAUAGAAUACUAUUUCAGCGAUGAGAACUUAGUAAAAGAUACUUACUUGAGAAGGAACAUGGAUGAAGAUGGAUGGGUUCCAAUUCAUUUGGUUGCAGGCUUCAAAAUGGUUCGAUCUCUGACUGACAAUAUCCCUGUGAUAUUGGAUGCUUUGCGGUCGACAUCCACUGUGGUAGAAGUACAGGGGGAUAAGGUGAGGAGACGAAAUGAUUAUAGCAAAUGGAUAAUGCUUCCUUCAACUCCAACUUCUAACGAAGUUGCCCCACUAAGCCCUGCAAACUCCAGUCAAGAUUUGCUGGCUGCUGGUGUUCAGAGUAUUACGUUGGAGACUUAUAACAGUACAGAAGUUCGAGGUGAUUUUAAAGUCGAGGCUCUGCAAAGUAGAUCACCUCGGAAUUUCAAUAGCCAGUCACAGCUGCCAGGUACAGGGAAGCCAAAUAUUGGCACAGGUUUGGAUCACUCCUUUUCUGCAAGGAAAUAGACCUUGUACAUGAUGAAGCCCAUGCCUUUUAUGAGUACAAAAAAAAAAAAAAAAACAUAUAUGGGUAAUAGAGACUGAGGAGAUAAGUUAUAACACCGUGUUCUGUUAAAUAUGGAGGCCUUCUUGAUACACGAUGAAUCUUUUUUCUCUCGUGUGGCUUGGUAAAGAAGGUAAACUGUGGGGAAUAAAGACGCAAAAUGAAGGUAGUUAAAAAAAGAGAGAGAAACAACUCUAAGAAGUUUAAAAAAUACUCAAAACAUUUUCUUUUAACGGCAACUAAAGGGUAUUGAUGGUUUUGUGGGAUGUUGCCUUCGUUACAUAAAUUUAUUUCUUUUUUGUUCUCCUUGAUGAUGGGCAUGUACUUUUAACCAUGGAGAAUCUUGAUUGCUUCCCCAUGCUGGUGCCCCCCUCAGCUGGUUUUUCUUCUCGAUAUCCUCGAAAGCAAAAAACCUCAAGCCGUAGGGAACAAGACAGAAAUAGUUCUGGAGAGGAAGUAAAGAUGCUGGCUGAUCUUCAUUUUCGUUAAUUUAGAGAGAGACUGGCUUUUCUUUGGAUGCUCUAAUUGCAGCUCUGCUCGAUCUCGAAGGCUUUUUCUUUUUUCUUUUUUCUUUUUUCUUUUUUCUUUUUCUCAAGACAUAUCUUCUGCUCUCUAAAUGUCAAAUGGAAUAACUUUGCAUAUGAUAUUUACAACUUUUUGAAUAUUAGACUUGAUAAAUUGUGCCCGUUGGCGCAUCUUGAUGUGAACUUUAUUUUUCAUUCGGAA